CCUGGUCCAAACAAAUCAGAGAGAGUAUCCUCCAAAAAUUUUAUAGUAAAAUUAUGCACAUUAUUGGGACCUAACUGCUUCUUUUUUCUCUCCCCUUAGAAUCACUCACUCUCUCUCUCUUUCCAAUCCACUUGCUUUAUAAGCAGAUUAAUUGCCUUCAUUUUGAAGAUCUUCCUCACACUCCCCUCUUCACCUCCUGAGUUACAAGUUUUUUUUCCCUGCAUAUCACUCAGGUCACCAAUUUGCUCUCCCUUUGAGGUAUUCCCUUGAUUCCACAAAACAUGAAAACCAUAGACCUAUUUUGUGCAUCUCCAGCUUCCACAGCCAUAUGUUCAAGCACGGAUCAACGGUCCAUGAUCCGCCGUGUCACGAGGCCUAUCGGCCGCCACCCAAAAGCCCUCCCUCCCAUACCAUGUCAGUCUCAACCACCCAUUGAUCCCAAACCUUACCAUCAGAAAAACAGAAAGAGCACUUCCAAGAAGCAGAGUGAUUUCCAGAGGAAAAGCUCCGUUGACAAAAGUGACCUGAUAAGUCCUCCUGGCUCCUCUAGGUACCUCCUUAGUGACACACCAUUUUCCGACAUGUUAUCGGAUUCGGAUCGUUUCAAGGCGUUGGUUCCUAGCCAGACAAUGAGAACAGGGCGCCAUGGUCCUAAUGAUUCUCCAUCAUCAUUAUAUUCACCCCGAGCGCGAGAUUCGGAUCGUUUCAAAGCAUUGGCUCCCAGCCAUAAAAUGAGAGCAGGGCACCAUGGUCUUAAUGAUUCUCCAUCAUCAUUAUAUUCAUCACGAGCGCGAGAUUCGGAUCAUUUCAAAGCAUUGGCUCCUAGCCAUAAAACGAGAGCAGGGCACCUCAGUUCACCAAAAUCUUCACUAGGAGGGCGAGAUUCGGAUCAUGUUAAAACGUUGGUUCCUAGCCAAAAAACAACACUGGGGAACCCUAGUACACUAAAAUCUUCAUCACGAGGGCAAGAUUCAGAUCAUGUCAAAACAUUGGUUCCUGGCCAGAAAAUGGGAGCAGGGGAUCUAAUUUCUGCCGAUUCUCCGUCUUCAAAAUCUUCAUCAAGUCGCUCUUGCCCUCGUGAUAAGGUUGUGAAACUGAAGGUAGCAAUACAUUGCAAGGGCUGUGAGGGAAAAGUCAGAAAACACAUCUCUAGAAUGGAAGGGGUGACAUCGUUUCGCAUAGAUUUGGCAACAAAGAAAGUGACAGUCAUUGGAGACGUGACGCCAUUGGGUGUACUCACAAGCAUUUCAAGGGUGAAGAACGCACAGUUUUGGCCAUCUCCAACUUCUUCUCCUUCUUCUUCUUCAUCAUCAUCGCCAACGGUUGGCCUUGAUUACUGAUCAUAAACUCAAACCCCAAGGAAUUAACCUGUACGAUUAGAGUUUGUGCGUGAGUAAUUAGGUACUUAAUCACUAUCGUGUGCAUUUUACGAUGUAAACAUAUUACUUGAUGAGGGGACCAGAACUACUACAUCUUCAGGUGGUUGGAAAGAAUGUAAAGUAGUAAAAGAUCGGUGUUGUUUGGUUCUUUUGUGGUAAUUUCUUGGGGGGAAAAAACCCAUGGUGUGUCUUUUUUGGCUUUCACCUUUCCCUUCUUUUAAUUUGAAAACCUGCCUAGGCUGGCAAGUUUGUCUCUGUACAUUUCAUACAUCCACUUUUGUAUCCAAAAGCAUUGUGAUUUGCCCAAAU